UUCUGAGCCUUCACUGCCAGCUGGGAGACGUUCUGGAGGAGGUUCUGCAGAUUCCUCGCAUCAAUGUUCCGUGGGAGCAGGCGCUGGCUGUGUGGGCUCAGCACUGCAUGAGCGAGGACGAACGACGGCGGCGCCGGCUCACGCACUCUUUGCAAAGCAGCACUGUGAGGGCCAACAUGGCCACCCAGAAGCUCUGCAGGCAGCCGCUGUGGGGGCAGCUGGAGCAGAUGAAGCAGGUGGAGUACAGAGUGGAGGUUUCUUUGCCCCAAAACUUCAUUCUGCCCAGCUCUGUGGCCAUACCGGUGAAGGAGGACGCAGAUGGAGCGUGGGAUGAUUCUGCAGAGUGUGUGGACGUCCCCCUGCAGUUCAAGGCCGACUCUGUGGGACAGUUUACAUGUCAGGUGGUGAUGAAGUCCUGGAUGGACACCAGGCUGUACCUGCUGGAGGUGCUGGUGUCUGCACAGUUUUCCUUAUUUCAACAGAGAGGAGUCAGUCACCUGCAGUUCAGCUCACCUGUUCACCGUUCCCUCACUCAGCUCAUACCUGUGCGUAACGAGACGCUGCAGCACUGGAGGAUGGACGCCGGCGUGAGCGGUGAAGGCUUUUCCGGCCCAGACCUUUUAAAUGUCAUGUCGGGAACAGAGGAGUUCUACCCCCUCACAUUCCUGCCUGCUGCUCAGGGCGUCGUCACGGGGAAGCUGUCCCUGCAGGGGGGCUGUGCCGGCUCACAGCGUGUCUUCGCCCUCAGGGGGGUUGGGGAGCCCCCUUUGCCGCAGGACCGUGUGCUGCUUCACUGCCCGGUUGGAAGGAGCUCACACACUCAGCUGGACGUCCCAAACUCCAGCAAGACCAUCGUCACUCUGAAGGUGGUGACAGAUUUGUCUAUUGUGAGCGGCAUACCCAACCUUGAGGUGAAACCAGGCCACGCGGCUCCAUACACACUGACUGUGUCGCCAUGGAAACGAGGGAGAUUCUCAGGUUCGUUGUCGUUCGUGGAGGUUUGUGACGGCUUUAAGGCGAAAAACAGAAGAGGAACAUCAAGACAAAGCUAUGAAGUUCAUUUCUCUCUGGAGAUCAUGUGUGAGCCUGCAGCCCCCCUGAAGGUCAUCCGUGUACAGUGUGUCGCCGAGAGUUCUGCUGUAGUAGAGAUCCCUGUCUGUAAUGGAGGAGGAGAGCCGCUGCUCCUGGAGGUGAUGCUGGAAGGAGACGAUCUGACCGGAGAAGGUCGGCUCUCCGUUCCUGCUCUGGAAACUCUCAGCUACAAAGUCACGUUCCGUCCUGUGCGGGCGGGAAGGAGCACGGGCAGCGUUGUGUUCCAGUCAGAGCAAAUGAAGGAGUUCUGGUACCAGCUGGAGCUUUGUGGUCUCCCGCCUGCAGCUCCAAACCCAUGAAGUCAGAUCAGAAAGUGUGUUGGUGCUCGGACACACUUUUCAUGCAGGUCUGAGGCCUGUCAUGAGGAAACGCUCUCAUUAAAAGUGCAGAACAUC